AUGAACAACAGUCUAUCCCCAGCAUUGUGCUCGGCCGAUGCCUUCUCACACCCCUCGAUACCCAACAUCGAGGUAUCAUCAAUCCACGCCGCGCAGGUCUCCAAUGUAUCAAAGUACAUCCCCGAGUGGUACUACUACAACCAUGGCAACGUGAUGGCCGAAAACCUCAACUUUUGCAACAUAACCGUGACCUACAAGCACACGGCCAAGAACGACACCAUCAACGUGGGCAUCUUUCUGCCCAGCGACUCGUGGAACGGGCGAAUGCAGGGACUGGGUGGUAACGGAUACAUAGCCGGGCUCACGACCACGACAUCAUACGGUAUGAUGGCGGCGGCAGCGCAGGGAUACGCCGCUGUCACAACAGAUGGGGGUCACACAAGCGAUAGCCCAGCAGACUGGGCGCUGCUGGCCGAUGGAACGCUGGACUACGAGACGAUCCAUAAUUUUGGCUCCGUAUCCCUGAGCGACGCAGCGCUGAUCGGCAAGAGCGUGGCGGAGAGUGCGUACGGGUCCAAGCCCAAGUAUUCAUACUGGACUGGGUGCUCGCAGGGUGGGCGACAGGGGCUGGAGCUGGCGCAGCGGUAUCCAGACGCGUAUGAUGGCAUUGUUGCUUCCGCUCCAGCAACCAAUUGGCCGCAGCUCACGCUGGGCGGAUACUGGGCUCAGUUUGUCAUGAAUCAGCUGGACGAGUAUCCGUACCCUUGUCAAAUCAACGCCAUAACGGCUGCGGCAGUCUCCGCCUGCGAUGGUGCCGAUGGCGUCAAGGAUGGUAUCCUCUCUGACCCUGAUUCGUGUGUCUUCGACCCGUUCACCCUUGUCGGAAACCCGGUCAACUGCAGUGACACCAAGUCUCUCGUCCGAAUCUCAUCUGCUGCUGCCGAGGUCGUCAACUCUACUUGGACCGGGUCGCGCGAUACCCAGGGUAGAUUCCUGUGGUAUGGCUUCAACCCUGGAACCGCGCUGACGGGAGCAAACAACCCGGCGACGACGGAAUGCGCCAACGGAACAUGUGCUCCCUCCUCGACCCAGUUGUAUGACCAAUGGGCCCAAGUGUUUGUUGAGCAGAACCUCAACUUCACGCUGACGAACAUCACACAUCCGCAAUAUGAAUACCUCUUCCGGAAGUCGGUGCAGCAAUGGAACCAGGUCUUCGGAUCCAACAACCCCGAUUUGUCGCAAUUCCGCGAGGCGGGCGGCAAGAUGCUCACCUAUCAAGGCUUGAUGGAUGAGGUCAUUCCUCCCAAGGGCAUCAGAGCGUACUAUGAAGCGGUCACGGCUGACGACUCUGGUGUUCACGACUACUAUCGGCUCUUCGAGGCCCCGAUGAUGGGUCAUUGCUAUGGUAGCCAGGGAGGGUACCCGUCUACUAUGUUCGACAGCCUGGUUGCCUGGGUCGAAUCCGGUACUGCGCCUGAAAGCCUUCCAGUCAGCUAUAAUCCGGAGAAAGGAAAGAAAUUCGAUAGGAUCCUUUGCCCUUACCCACAACGUGUACAGUACAGGGGUACUGGAAACGUUACAUCUGCAGAUAGCUUCUUUUGCGCACAUUAGGUUUGGUUGGUUUGAUGGGAUGGUCUUUUGAUUCCAGGCCUAUCUAUAUCUUGUGUGGUUCUGUUUUGUUUCUCUGUCUUCCAGUGUUUUUCGUUCUUUGCGAACAGGAUGAAAUAUCCUGAACUUCGUACUUCGUUUUAAUUCUUCUUUUUAAUAAUCAUAACAC